CACACACACACACACACACACACACACAAACUUGUCUACACGGCGUGCUGGCUGGCUGCUUCUCUGCCAGUUACAUAUGUGUGGCACUCAGAGUGGCCAACAGGGACACACCACCGACCGACCGGGCUUCUCCUCCUGAUGAUAAGAGUCGACGUCGACGUCAGAGACUGGCCCCAUGAAUAUUGAUGUUGGAGGAUAGUCCGCUUCAUAGAAGAACAGAAGGAAGCAAGAUGGCGGCCCUUUAGGAUUUGUUAAAGAGGAGAUCCAGACGGUUUGUUGGAAUUUCUACACAGUGGAGGGACGUAAAAAGAGGACGCACAGAGGGCAGCCCUGUGGAUGGACUCAGAGCAGGCCAGAUGGAAACAGAAAAGGCCAGCCAGGAGACGGAAGAAAGUCUGAUACUAGCACAACUCAGCGCCGCCACUCAACCAGAAAACCUGAUCACCGCCAAGCUCCAAAAUGGCACCCAGUCGCCGGAAGGAGCCCAUCAGCAGAUCAACGGGGAUGGAAACUGGAACCUUUACAACAAGGCCGUGGCAGGGGUCAUCAACCCAAUGAAGAGACACAGGGAGAACUGCAGCAGUCCUGCCGGAGUGCAGGGACUGUUCGACCAAGGCUCUUAUAACAUGAUCAAUGGCGGGGAUCUGAAGCAUGCGCUCUGUGACCAGUCCUUACUGGGCCUUCACCAGGCCAAGAAACUCAGAUCGGAUUUGGAGAUUAAUGGAGGGGAUGGAGAGGAGAUGUGGGACAAAAAGGAUGGUGGGGACAUCAUGGACGAUUUCCCGGAGUUGACAAAGCCUGGGGAGUUUGACUGCGAUGGGACAAGACUGGAUAAGAGAAACUGUAAUACUUUCUCAAAUGGAGGGGAUAUUUUCUCACUAUCGAGGAACAAGCAAAUAGCUAACGGUGCUACAGUGAGCCCCAAUUCCAUUGAAGGCACACCUGGUGACCUUCUAGAGAAAACUCUGUCUCAGUAUUACCCAGAACAAGUGUCCAUCGCAGCACAGACGGGCGUGCAGGAGUUUCAACCGGAGGUGGGGUUGGUCGACGACAUUAGCUCACUCACCAACGAACUCCCUGAACUGCCCGAACAUGCCACGACGCAGUCACCUACCUCUCUUACCUCAGGGUUCCCUCCCAUUUCAGCCCAGAUGCCUGCCUCUGAGAAACAGCAGCAGACUGGGGUAGCAGACCCUAAAGGGCAAGGAAGCAAUGGAUAUAACAACUCAGACGCCCCGUAUAUGGUGAAUGGGUAUUCUAACAGUUACAGAGGAGAGCACCCGCAACAGCAGCCCGCUGACGGCUCGCAACAUCAGAACAACACAGAGGGCAUUUACAGGAAACCUAACCAGGAGUUUAACCAUCAGAACUCUUUCCCGGGCCCUCUAGAGCAGAGCACUCCGCUGCAGACAAAAGAGGCCAUUGGGUUCAGCCCCGGCCCUUUCCCUAGCCCAGGCAUGGGGCAGAGUGAGGGGAGGCGCCGGCAGCAACAGUAUGGGAUGCAGCAACAGCAGACAGGAAACCCCUGUGGAGCUGACUCUACGGGCCCCCAGGGCUCCAUGGGCCCAGCUUCCCUGCCCACCGGCAGCGAGCCUGGAUCCCAGCGCUCCCAUCAAAACGGGACGAUGAAAGACACAACCCAGCAGCAGCAGAGAGGAGGAGCGGAUCCCGGUUGCCCUAAUUCCCAGAUGGGCUGGAUAGAUCUAAACUCCCGGGGUCAGAUGCUGGAGCCCGACUCAGCACGGAGGUUCCAGACGGGGGGACAAAGCUUCGAUGUAGGACCCACCGGAGGAGCCUACCAGCAACAGCAGCCGCGGCCGGCCCAGUCGCCUCACCAAGUGUCUCCUGCCCAACACAACACUGCCCCAGAGUGGCAGCAGCAGGCCGACUCUAAAGGCCCAUCUCACAUGCACCAGCAGCAGUGUAAUCUUCCUCCUCAACAGCAGCCACAUACACAACACAUGCACCAGCAGCAGUGUAAUCUUCCUCCUCCUCAACAGCAGCAGCAAGGGGAGAAUUGUUUUCGAGCCCCCAUGCAGCCAGAGCACUUAUGCGAAGGCGACCCAGAUCUAGAGGAAAUACUAUCACCUAGCUUUUUGCAGCCGCCACAACGUCCACAACAUCAACAGCAGCAGCAGCGCCCGCUGUCCCAUCCAUCUCAGUACGACGGACAGCAGUCGGUCAACACACCCCAGUCACAGGACCACAACCAGGGCACGAUGGACAGUCAACAGCUGCUGAACAAACUCAAGCUGGAGGACUACAUCAGGCUAGAGAAGAAGCUGAAAUCCCCUGGUGGAGGCUACAGAGGUCAGGGUGGUCAACCCCAACCUGGGCACCAGCAGCAGAUACAGUCUAUGAUGAGAAACAACCCUGGGUACAAUCCUGUAGACCCCUCUCAGCCCAACGACGCACAGCAGUCCCAGCAGGCAUCAUGGAGACACAGCAGCAGUAAUACCAUGGAGAUGGAGAUGGAGCUGGAGAUGAAGCAGCAACAACAACAGCAGCACCAACAACAACAGCAGAGGCAGUACACUCCAAGCCCCGGACCCAAGCAAUACUCCCACCAGCAGCAGCCGCCGCCCCACCUCCGACAACCACACCCCAACCACAUGGACUUCCCCCUUACCCAGACCCCCCCACAACCGCUACCUCACUUACCACACGGUGCUUUAAACCAACAGGUGUCUGCACAGCAACAGCAGAUGUAUCCUAAAAUGGAGCAGAAUCAGCAGGAGUCUUGCGCCCAGUUCCAGAGGGGGGGGCCUCCACCCCUGGGACACGGGGGCCCCCAGGGGGACUUCCAGAGGCACGCGGCCCUGCGGAUGCAUCUUCUACAGAGGCAGUCUGAGCGGGAGUCUCUGGGUCCCCCUCAUCCACAGACCCCUGUAGAUUUCAAGCACGGCGUCCGGCCCAUCAAGAUGGUGAAUGGGCCGCGGUUCGAACACCCUCACCACCAAGGGCUUGGACCACCGCCCUUGAUGCAGCAUCAACAGCAGGGCCGGGAGAUGGGUAUGGUAGCGGGGGGCAUCCAGGUCAAACAAGAGUACAAUCCACAGCCCCAGACGUCGUGUUGCGGUGAGCGGAGCCAGAGCAGCUCCCAGCGGAGCAUCCUAGCCACCAUGGAGCAGACUCUCAGACAGUAUCAGCUUUCGCCAGUCUUCGACAGGAAGUCCCUCGUCAUCAGGUCACCGAACAAGGUCAAGGUGGAGCAGUCUGGCGCUGUGACGGUGCUCUCGACCCACGCGGACCUGGACGGUGGGUCGGGUGGGAUGGAGGACCUGGGGAUGGGGCGCCCUGGCUCCAAUGGGCUGAAAAGACCCCACCUAGACUUCACCCCCAAGCAGGAACCCCUGCUCCAGAGUUUUAUGAAUUCCCCCAUGAAACUCUUGGAUACUCCCAUUAAAAACCUAUUGGAUACUCCUAUCAAGACCCAGUAUGAUAUCCCUUCCUGCCACUGCAUGGAGUCCAUCAGUGAGAAGGACGAAGGGCCGUAUUACACUCACCUGGGCUCCGCUCCGAAUAUCAAGGCCAUCCGUGACAUCAUGGAGACAAGGUCUGGGCUAACUGGCAGUGCCAUCAGGAUUGAAAAGGUGGUGUACACAGGCAAAGAAGGGAAGAGUACACAGGGAUGCCCCAUUGCUAAAUGGGUGAUCCGACGUGGCAGCGUGGACGAGAAGCUCCUGGUGCUGGUGCGUGAGCGGGAGCGCCACAAGUGCGAGGCGGCAUGCAUCGUGGUGAUCAUCCUGAUCUGGGACGGCAUCCCCACCACCAUGGCAGACCAGCUCUACAUGGAGCUCAGCGACACUCUGACGAGACACGGAGCCCUCACCCAGCGACGAUGUGCCAUCAACGAGGAGAGGACGUGUGCAUGCCAGGGGCUGGACCCAGAGGCCUGUGGCGCUUCCUUCUCCUUCGGCUGUUCCUGGAGCAUGUACUACAACGGCUGCAAAUUUGCAAGGAGCAAAAUCCCACGCAAAUUCAAGCUAACUGGGGACGACCCGAAAGAGGAAGAAAGGCUGGAGCAAAACCUUCAGAAUCUGGCAACCCUAAUGGCCCCCACAUACAAAACCCUGGCACCAGAUGCCUAUCAAAACCAGGUGGAACAUGAGCAAAGGGCGCCAGACUGCCGCCUGGGAAAGGGGGAGGGGCGACCGUUCUCCGGGGUCACCGCCUGUAUGGACUUCUGCGCUCACGCUCACAGAGACCUCCACAACAUGCAGGGGGGCAGCACUGUGGUGUGCACGCUAACCAAGGAGGACAACCGCCAGAUCGGGAAGAUUCCGGAGGACGAGCAGCUCCAUGUGCUGCCCCUUUACAAGGCCUCGCCAACGGAUGAAUUUGGCAGUGCAGAGGGCCAGCAGGAGAAGAUCAAGACGGGCGCCAUCCAGGUGCUCAAUGCCUUCCGCCGCCAGAUUCGCAUGCUCUCCGAGCCCGCCAAGUCCUGUCGGCAGAAGAAGCUGGACGCCAAGCGGGCUGCCGCAAGCAAGAAUGCCGGGGGACCGGACACGCCUUCGAAGGCAGAGAAAGCCCUACAGGCCAAGCUGAAAUCUAGUAGCACUUAUGAGAGCAUAGCUCAGAGCACUCCUGGGACAGGUCCAAAUCCAGGCGCCAUGGGAACGACCCCCCAGCCACCAGGUCAGCCGCCAGGUCACCCCCUCGGCGCCCACCUCCAGCAACUCCAGCACCAGAAUGCUCUUCACGCCUUCCCUGGAUCCCCCCAUCCAGCCAGCCCCUACGCCGGCUUCCCCAACCACCCCGGCCCUUUUCAAAGCACUUCCAAGCCAGGUAGCAUGUACCCCCAGCCACCAGCCUCAGCAAGCCCUUACCCCUCCCCUUUGCACAUACCCAACUCUUACAUGAAUGGGUCGAAUCCACCGAGCUCUUAUCCCAGCCCCAUGACUCCAGGUAGUCCCUACCCGGGUUACCAGUGUAACGGAGGUUCGCCCUUAGACAACUACCACCCUUACUACACCUCGAACCCAAAGCACCUGGACAUGUACCGGCAACAGAGGCCAGGAGCGCUUUACUCCGACAUGCAGCAGCAGUAUGGUGCGCACCAACGCUAUGGGGUCAACUACCCUCCUCAGUAUGGUGAGCCUGGUUUACAGAUCAAUGGUUACAGCAACUGUAGCAGCAUGAGGUCAGGCAUCCACCCCAUGAGCCCCUACGGUCCCCCCUCGUACGGUCCCAGCGGUGCCCCCGAUGCCCAAUACCUGGAUGCGCUCUCCAGGCCGCCCUCAGCCCACCACCCAGGGCUGGACUAUGCAGCAGCAGUAAGCAAAGGCAAUCAGUUUGGUGGGUACCCCAAUCCCUACCUCUCCCAGAGCCCCAAAAUGUUCCCCCCGGGCGGCCCCCAGGACCCUUUCUGUAUGCAAGUCAAGACCGAGAUGGGUCUCCAAAGCCCGUGCAUGACACCCACGCAACCAGGGUUCCCAGGGCUCCCCAACGAACACCUCCACGGGGGUUCCCCCAUGAUCAAGCAGGAGCCCAGGUCGGGUCCGCCAACGCCCACCACACCCAAGGAGAAGCCUGCCAUGUGGUCUGACAACGAGCACAACUUCCUGGAUCCGGAGAUCGGCGGGGUGGCUGUGGCGCCCAGCCAUGGCUCCAUCCUCAUCGAGUGUGCCAAGCGGGAGAUGCAUGCCACCACCCCGCUAAAAAACCCCAAACGCAACCACCCCGCUCGCAUCUCCCUGGUGUUUUACCAGCACAAGAACAUGAACGAGGCGAAGCACGGCCUGGCGCUGUGGGAGGCCAAGAUGGCCGAGAAGCAACGGGAGAAGGAUGAGGACGCCGAGAGGAACGGGGCCGAGGGCGCCACAGUGACACCCAGCAAGAGCACUAAGAAGGGAGCGAAGAGGGAGCACCCGGAGCUGUCAGAGCAGCAAGGGGAGCCGCCGUACAAGCGCUUCAUCCAGACCCUCAUGGAGAGGUCCAUGUCGUGCACCACAAACACCUACGUCAACACGUCGCCCUACGCUUUUACCAAGGUCACAGGGCCGUACAGCCGCUUCAUCUAGACAAGAGAUAUUCAUACUGUUCUGUAGGGUUCACUCACGAGGAAUAACACUGAGAAUUAAAACUCACGGUGCUAUACUGACGGUGCUAUCUUUAAAACCUCAAGCUGAAGCACCACUAGCCUCAAAACACAGAGCAUCCUCUCUCUCCUGACUGCAAGCAACAGUGUCAGAAGAACACAGCGUGGGGGGAGAAGGAACUUGAUCAAUUGGAAGUCGUACCACGUUAUAGAGUACAUCAGGUUUGUCACCUCUUGAAAGUUCGGACCUUACCGAUUGGUUGGUUGACCCCCCUCUACUAAGGAAGUAUUUAUUAUCUGGUUACUUUUACAAGAUACACACUGUUAACGUUUCUCGGGUGCUUUGCAGGUCCAAUACAUCAGGACUUCUAUAUUUACUGGAAACAAUGUUUCUUUUUUGGUGGCUUUAAUUUUCUAAUUAAGCGUUUAAACAUUAUUUUUUUAAUAUAUAUAAUCUUGACAUACUGUAAAAAACACUGAACUUUGUGGACACACCACAAUAACGGUGCUAAAAGUGGAGCGUGUCUUUAUUAUACAGUUUUGUUCAAAUGUCUUCAUGUUUGAACCAAAUCAGUUUGCAUAGAUAAACGUGUUUCUCCAGAUGAUUUGUGUGAAAAUGGAUGAAACUGAAAAUACUGUACAAAAUCAACAAAAUAUCAGCAAAAAAAAAGCACUUUUGAUAUUGAAGGUAAAAUAUUUUGAUAAUACCUUCAGAUCAGAUCAUUGGUGCAAAAACGUCUACAGUUACAACAAAGGAAUUAUUUUCAAGACAUGAAAUUGAUAGAUUUAUCACAAAAACUUGAUUUAAAUUACUGUAGCCUACCUGUAUAACAGUAGGAAUAUCAUGCCAAUCAAAUUUGUACAUUUUACUUUCUGGUGCUUUCAGUUUCACAAUUGUUAUCAUGUCCUUUACAUUGUAAAUGGAGCCAUUCUAAAAGGGUGCAUUUUCAGACGGUAAUGUUUCAACAACAAAAAAUGUGAUUCUCUCAUAUUCUCUCAAGGGUUAUUUACUUUGUCAGCAACUGUUUCAGAGUUCUUGACCACAGGUUCACAGAAAAAACCUGAAUUGUGCAUAUAUUACGUGUUGUCAUGCGACUGUUGUGUUUUGUGAACAUGUUCCUUACCUUCCUUUGGUGUAGGACAUGAAACAGGGUUAGCUCAAAUGUCAGUUUCACGGUUUCGAAGGCAGCUGGCUUGCUGUGGUUGAUCUUUAAAUAAUUGUAAUCUAGUUGUAUGAUAAAAGAUUAGAUUUGUACAGUAAAUUAAUGACUCUUUUUUUAACGCUUUAGGAUUUGAGUGUUGUAAAGAAAAAGUUAUAUUUCUUUGGGUUUGUACUGAUUUUAAUGACAUAUGGUGCUACUCAACCUGCUAUGCGAACACAUAAUGUGAGACUCUAGGGGCGUUGAGAAGGCAAAUGAAUGAUGUACAGUUAAAGUACCUACUUGCCAUAUACCUCAGAACUAGUUUGGCAAUAUUACAGGAGCAUGACACAAAGGCAUUUCUUUCUCCUUCCUUUGUUGUCACUUUCAAAAAAAAGUUAACUACAAUAACAGACUUCAGGCCACCACCAAGGCGGAGUUCAUUGCUUACUGCUUUCUUCAUGCUCGAUCUACUAGGAAGAAUUACUUGAACUUUAAGCUUUGAUAUAAUAGCAAAAUCAGGGAUAUUUCAACUCAUUUCUGUACAUUCAUCUAGUUUUCCUCUCAUUCAGCGAUUUGCCUCCAUCUUGAAUCCCAAUGAAUUACUUAAGAGUACCAGUCAAAGGUUUGGACACACCUACUCAUUCAAGGGUUUUCUUUAUUUUUACUAUAUUACUAAAAACCAUCAAGCGCUAUGAUGAAACUGGCUCUCAUGAGGACCGCCGCAGGAAAGGAAGACCCAGAGUUACCUCUGCCGCAGAGAAUAAUUUCAUUAAGAGUUACCGGCCUCAGAAAUUGCAGCCUAAAAAAAUGCUUCACAGAGUUCAGGUAACAGACACAUCUCAACAUCAACUGUUCAGAGGAGACUACGUGAAUCAGGCCUUCAUGGUCAAAUUGCUGCAAAGAAACCACUACUAAUGGACACUAAUAAUAAUAAUAAUUAGACACUUGCUUGGCCCACGAAACAUGAGCAAUGGACAUUAGACCAGUGGAAAUCUGUCCUUUGGUCUGAUGAGUCCAAAUUUGAGAGUUUGGGUUCCAACCACCGUGUCUUUUUGAGACGAAGAGUAGGUGAAUGGAUGAUCUCUGCAUGUGUGGUUCCCACCAUGAAGCAUGGAGGAGGAGGUGUGAUAUGUGGGGGUGCUGGUGACACUGUGAGUUUCUUAGAAUUCAAGGCACACUUAACCAGAAUGGUUUCCACAGCAUUCUGCAGUGAUAUCCCAUCUGGUUUGCGCUUAUUGGGACAAUAAUUUGUUUUUCAACAGGAAAAUUACCCAACACACCUCCAGGCUGUGUAAGGGCUAUUUGACCAAGAAGGAGAGUGAUGGAGUGCUGCAUCAGAUGACUUGGCCUCAACCCAAUUGAGAUGGUUCGGGAUGAGUUGGACCACAGAGUGAAGGAAAAGCAGCCAACAAUGGCUCAGUAUAUGUGGGAACUCCUUCAAGACUGUUGGAAGCUUCCAGGUGAAGCUGGUUGAGAGAAUGCCAAGCGUGUACAAAGCUGUCAUCAAGGAAAAGGGUGGAUACAUUGAAGAAUCUAAAAUAUAUAUUUUGAUUUGUUUUACACGUUUUUGGUUACUACAUGAUUCCAUGUGUUAUUUCAUAGUUUGUCUUCAGUAUUAUUCUAGAAUGUAGAAAAUAGUCAAAAAUAAAAGAAAAACCCUUGAAUGAGUAGGUGUGUCCAAACUUUUGACUGGUACUGUAUAUACACACCCUUAAGAAAGUCACUCGCACACCUGAGCUAUCUUUGUUGCAAGUGCACGGUAACAGUUGAGAUGACAAAAAAGAAGAAACCCGCACACUGCUCUUGCUAGAAUCCCCGCUCUUAAGCUUUACGUAUCGGCCUCAAGGCUUGUCAGAGCUUUCGUCAGAACCAUCUGAUGAAGGCCUUGAGGCUGAUAUGUAAAGCUUAAUAAAGAGCAGUGAUACUAGCAAGAGCGUUGUGUGGGUUUCUUUCCCCCCCUCAUAAAUACACACACUUAAAAAACAGAAAACUAAACUUUAUCAGCAAAAAUAUGGCAUUGACGACCUGCGCUUUUUUUGUUGUACUUAUGCUUUAGCUAGUAGAUUGGUGGUAUACUUUUGAAGUAAAUUUGAACAUAUAAUAUGCACUGAAUUGAUUAAAGGGAAAUGAUGGCAUUGACAAGGUAAAGAGCGAUGCCUUCGCUUUUACUGUGAGGCAAGACCAGGGCAGUUAUGCUAGAUGACGCACAUUUGUGUGCCUGUGUAUAGUUUAAUAGUGAAAUGUAUUUAUAACCACUAAACAAUUAUAUUACGAUUAUCUCUCUCCAUUUGAUUUUAAUGAUAUAUGAUGAGUCAACUGCUUUUUCUGAGUGACAACCCCCCCACUCUAACAUUUAUACUGUCGUUUUCCCAAAGCACUUCCUUUCUUUUCAGAAAAAAAACAAUGUAAUAAAAUAUUACAAAACAUUUUAUUUAAGAUAAGAAAAUCAGUAGAUUAUUGUAAAUGUGUUUAAAAUAAAUUAUGCCACAUUGUACAUACCAUGUGUUUGUAUUACGAAAAUACAAUUGUUGAUUUUUAAUAACAACCUACUAUUGUAAUAUGUUAAAAGGUGUAGGUUUCUUGUAAUUUUGUCAAAUGUACCCACGGCCCAUGUUUCUAUCAGCAAUCUUCUUUCAAAUCUAUCGUUUAGUCUUUUCCAGGUUCACAGGACAUUCAGUUAGAUAAUGUUCCUUGGUUUUGUAGAUUGCCGCACUCACUGUCAAAAAACAGCAAUGUUUACAGCUCUACGGUUCCUGUUAGCUAAAGUCACUUAAUAGUUUUUUGUAAAGGAUUGCAGUUUCUGUGAAAAAAAAUGGAACAUUUUAAUGUUGAAUUUCAGUGUACAGGACCCAGCGACAGUAGCAGGUUGUGGUUGUGAAAAGGAGUGUCUGAGACAUAGCGGGUGACGAGCAUAGCCAUACUUGAAAAGCUUCAGAGUGUUGGAGUGUGAUUCAACAUUACUUGAAUGACUUUGAGCUUGACUAACGCAUGAGAGUGCACAGCUCUUAUGUUAAGCUAGCAGUUUAAUGUACACGUGUUGGUAUUUUUGCUGUUUGAGACACUAAAAAGUUUUUAAAACGUUUUGUUAUUUUCUGCCUCCGUCUUUUUUUGUUCCUGCUUCCCUUGUUCCCCUUUAAGGUUGGUAUGCUAAACAUGGAAUUAAGAAUGUUAUAAUGCUGUAAGUAUUGUAAUGUACUGAAUGCAGUUUAUUUGAAAGCUGUUUAUGAUAUCAUUCCUGAUAUUGCUGAGAUGUGGGUGUUUUUAAUAAAAUUUAUAUUUAUUUAAAGCA